UGACAUUUAAAUGGUGCGGACCCGCUGGGAUGGUUCCGGGGAUCCUCAUUAAUGGGCUCUUUUAUUCGAUCCUUAUUUCACCUAAUUUAGAGAUAAUGGUCCCGGUGGAAUAUCAGUAAAGUUGCUUACAUAAAAGAUGACCAACCUAACGCAGGAGACGCGAUAACCUGAAGCUAACCUGGUGCUAAACCGAGCCUGUGGCGCUGCUUCCAGCCAGUAUGGACGGCUGUCAGUUCGCGCUUAUCGCCGUUCUUCUAACGGCUGGUUCGGUUGUCGGGAACCCGGAGACUCUCGCUCAUGAAGACGGUGCUCCACCUUCAAGAAUUGCUGUGGUUGGAGCAGGGAUAGGAGGCAGCGCCACGGCCCAUUUCCUUCGACAACACUUCGGCCCGGAGGUUCAGGUGGACGUCUUCGAGAAGGGCGAGGUCGGAGGCCGUCUGGCCACCGUGACGGUCAACAACAAUGAAUACGAGUCUGGAGGCUCCAUCAUUCACUCCCUUAACUUGCACAUGCAGGAGUUUGUCAAACAGCUGGGUUUAAAAUAUCGCCGGAAUGUAGCGGGAAAGACGGCGGUUUUUAACGGCGAAGAGGUGAUUUUGGAGGAGACCGACUGGUACCUGUUGGACCUAUUCCGCCUGUGGUGGCGCUACGGGAUCAGCUUCAUACGGCUGCAGAUGUGGGUGGAGGAAAUUAUGGAGAAAUUUAUGAGGAUUUAUAAAUACCAGGCUCACGGCUACACCUUCAGCUCCGUGGAGGAACUCCUGGACUCUCUGGGAGGCAGCGGCUUCAUCAACAUGACCAGAAGGCCGCUCUCCGAUUCGCUGCUGGAGCUGGGCGUGUCGCAGCGUUUCAUCGAUGAAGUCAUCGCUCCCAUCAUGAGGGUCAACUACGGACAGAAUGUCAGCAUCCCUGCCUUUGUAGGCGCCGUUUCUCUGGCUGGUGCCCAGAACAACCUGUGGGCGGUGGAAGGAGGCAACAAGCAUGUGUGUCUUGGACUCCUGAAGAUGGCUAACGCUAACGUACUGAAGGCACAGGUCACCUCCAUUUCCCCUGUCCGCUCAGGGGAUAUGCUGCAGUACCAGCUGAGCUACUCCAGUGAAUCAGGAGCCGGAUCGGAGCUGUACGACAUCGUUGUUUUGGCGACGCCGCUACAGGCCAGCGUUGGUUCUGGACUUCAGUUCCAAGACUUCGCUCCUCCCCUGGACGAGCUGCCCGGCAGCUAUCACGGCACUGUGGCAACAAUCGUUCACGGUUACCUCAACACGUCUCUUUUCGGUUUCCCGGACCCCCGCCUGUUCCCUUACGCCAGUGUCCUCACCACUGAGACGGACGGCCUGUUCUUCAACAGCGUGGCCAGCGUCUGUCCCGUCAACAUCUCUGCCGGCUUUCGCCGCAAGCAGCCGCAGGAGGCCGGAGUCUACAAGGUGUUUUCGCCUCAGACAUUGGACAAGUCUCAACUCAAAACACUCUUCAGGUCGUACUAUUCAGCCCAGGUGACGGAGUGGCAAGCCUACCCUCACUACGGCAGCAGCCAGGGGCUGCCACCUAUAGAGCUGCACCCCAAUCUCUAUUACCUCAAUGGCAUCGAGUGGGCCGGCAGUGCCAUGGAGAUGAGCUCAGUGGCUGCCAAGAACAUCGCCCUGCUGGCCUACCACCGUUGGAACAAACAGUCGGACAUGGUGGACCAGAAAGAUCUCAUGCACAGAAUCAAAACUGAGCUCUGAUCCUCUGAAAUCUGCUGUAAACAUCUUUUUUUGUUCUUCUUGCUUUUUUUUGUGGGAGGGGACCAGAGAAGUGUUUUAUAAGAUGGUGAUACAAGCGUACAGAAAAGCCUCAGCCUUUUUUUUUUAGAGGAUAUAAAGGAACUUGACCUAGUUUCUAAAUAAAAGUAUAAAUAUGAUUUGUCAUAAAUAAAAAUCAUGUAUUGGACUAUUUUAAAGCAAACCUAAAACCCAAUGAUUUGGAUUCCUGUUUUACAAUAGCUACAAAUAUUACAGAGGAGAGCUGAUGCAGAGGCUGUACCACAAAGCAAGCGCUACAUAGCCAGGUUACUUCCAGCCUAUCCAGUUUAACUAAUCCACAACAAUGGCAAUCAGGAUCAGCGGUACCAAGAAGCUGGUUACCAACUCUAACUAGACCAAGCUAGAGCUGAUCAUG